AUGCCAGCUUCCGCCGGAAGAGUGCGCAUGCCGCACAACAAUCGCAUGUCCACUAGCGGAUCGUUGCAAUCCACCGCGAUUUGGCAAAAGACUAUUGGACACGAUCCGUACGCGGGUCAGGGCGACCCAGCCGCAGCGGACCACGCCGCCGACGAAGCCGGGCAGCGCAAGGCACAGGAAGUCCUGGCCAUGGCACGUCAACAAAAUCUAACGGACGGGGCAGCCCGGGACGAUUUCGCCCAACGCCUUUACCGGGGACUCAAACAACCCAAGCCACGCCGAGCGGGCGACGCGGAACGUGCCGACGCCGACGCGACCGAAGCACGUCGACAGGCGGCACUGUUGGCACAAGAGGACAGCAGUAGCGAGGACGAAUUCGUACCUGCUGGGCAAAGUCAAUUGGAGAAGUGGCGGCUCGUCCUCGGAGGAUUCAGUGCGGAGGCGGGACCGAAAACGCCACCGCAAAGAUAA